UCUGACUGUAACUCACACAAGCAAAAAUGCAAAUGGUCGCAACGCAAGGUCGCAACUAUUUUGCUCCUCGGUUCCAAAAAAGCGUAAUAAAUUCCGGAUCAGUAGUGGCUGGCCGUAAGUGUGAAUAAAUGUGGAAGUAUGUUGCACGCCGUAUUCGCGAUGUGUAUGACCGUACCCACAAUGUACUAGACGUUCGCCGGCCGUGUCAGUACGGCGCCGAACGUUUCUGCAGUACUGGGGUACCUCAGCAUCAACAGCAGCAGAACGAACAGUUCAAAAUCCAGUUCCGCAAUGAGUACAUCCGCGGUUCGUACUGUUUGCUGAAUGUGGCCAAUCGGCAAAUCACAGUCGUCCGAGAUGGAGAGCAGUUUAAUGAAAGCGGAUCGAACAACUCCGGGCGGGAUGGUUUCCGUCGAAAGGAGUUUUGUCCGUUCCAGCAUAGUUGGAUCGGUGCCAUUACUUGGUCUGGUGCCAUAAUCUGCGGUUGGUAUACUAGCAAGCUCAUUUGUCUGUAUCGUCGCAAUCACAAAUGGGAGGGCCCAAAGUGUUUACCAUUUUUGAUUUCGGCUGGUCAUAAAAUUCCUCGUGACUUUUGCCGCUCACAUCAGACGAAGUCUACCCUCUCUGUCCCACCUUCCCCACCUGUCGAACCCGUUCCUAAGCAGCAAGAGCAACAAGCUGCUGCAAGACCGACUUUCUUUGGAAUACCGAUACCCACGGCAAAGCCGGCACCGUUGGCAGAACUUGACUUCGGUGAUUUCUUUGAUCAUCAAAGGGACGUUAUUUUUCCUAUAAACCAUGAGCCGGCUAAGAGUUCUACGGUUCCCCUCAAUGAGACUCAUUCGAUCGAGCAGAUCACACAUGAACCUGCUCCUACCGUCGAGUCUGCUUUGGAAAAUCUUGUGAGCGUUAUAGGCGAGAUUGAGUACCAACUUGGUGUGCAGAAUUUGGAGCAUGGAGAUUAUAGCACGGCUGUGUCUCAUUUAAAGUUGGGCACUAGUCAUCAGCAUGCCGGCGCUGCUUUCAAUCUGGGAAUUUGCUACGAACAAGGUUUUGGAGUAAAGAAAAAUGCUAGAGUGGCAAUGGAGUGCUAUUAUACUGCAGCAACACUUGGUCAUCCACAGGCUAUGUACAAUCUGGGAGUAUACUACGCUCACGGGCUUGGUGGCUUGCGUCGCAGUCGUCGAAUGGCUAGAAAGUAUUUUACCGCAGCCGCCGAUAUGGGCUUGCCGGAGGCGGUCGAUGCUUUGGGAGCAAAUUAUCGUUCGCGACGAGAAUCACUUUCAUCGCCUGGUACUUCAGCAGGAUCAUCUCCAACCGCCGUGCCGUUCCAGUUCAAAUUUAAUUAUGACGAACUAGAGCGCUAUGGUUUCGGAGUGAAGAACGUCGAGCCACAGACAGAUCAGAUUGAGUUACGUCUCGUUUCUGCGAUGGCUUAAAUAUUUGUUUGAUACACUUGUUAAAUUGCGAGUAAUAUAAGGUUGACAGUGAAAUCUUGGAUUUACUGAUACAACUGUAAUGUUUAUGCUAUGCUAGGCAAGUUGAGCUAAGCUCCUUCGAUAGUUUAUGGUGAUUGUAAAUGAAGUACCGAAUUUUUUUUCAUAUGAUUUUCCUUUAUGGUAA